UUAUCAGGAUAAGAUGUCACACCCACUGUUGAACCCCUGUACACAUACAAGAGGCUACGGGCGUUUGACUGUCCUGAUGUUGUUGUUUUAUGAGGUGGAGUCAGGAACAGGACGCGGCAGCAGAUCACUAUCAAUACUUCAUUGUCCUCCAGAUGAACACUCCCAUUCACUCCUGAACUGGGGAAAUAUCUGGAUCUUAUCCAUCUAUGAUGCUGGACUUGGAUGCUGAUCUAGUGGUUGAAGCUGAUUCCAGCAGCUACUUUAGAUCUACAUGAAUACAAGUUCAAGCCAGUUAUGUAGAGUCACUUUGAGCGUUUUCAGAAUGAGAUGGGAACCUUUGUUUUUGUUUUUUGUCUUUCUGGCUGGCUGGUGUUUAAAAACCGUCCAAGGAGCCUCUGUUACCGCAGACAAACGUGAUGCUGGACACCAAGAGAACAUCGACGCCAACACAGUCAAAACAACAAAGGGGGAUGGUGUGGAAUUGAAGGGUCGUAAAAACAGAGAUGUCGCUGACACAGACCAGGAAACAAACUGGAAUGUACCAUUUAUAAAUAAGGACGACUAUGGGGAUGCCGACUGGCAUCCGUCUACCUCUAUCCAGGAAAUUCACCCCCACCUGACUCCUGAAGCCCCAAUAAUAGGCAGAGACAAUGAUGGUGACAAUUUAAGCCAAAAUUGGAACCAAACUACUGAUAAUUCCUCGACACAGUGUGGUGAGUACAGCAGCCAGCUGAUGCCAAGUGGUCACUGCAGAUUGACGGCAACACUGCCUGCCGUGGGAACAGGUCAAAAGCCUUGUCCCGACAUGUUCCGCUGCACAGAUGACAUUUCAUUUUGGCUUCAUGAGAACCAGAACAGGAAGGAGCAGUUAAAAGAGCUGAGAGAAACAAUGUCGGAGCUGCAGGAGGAGCUGAGGAACCACCGACAUCGACUCAAGGUUCUGGAGAUGCAGGCGGAAGACAGCGCCACUUUAAACUCUACGUUUGAACAGCGACUGCGCUUUCUUGAACUGCGUCACGCUGAGGUUGACCCGCUGCUCCACGUGCACGCCGCAGUGUUGUACGAGCUGCAGGCGCAGGUCCGCAACAUGUCGGCGUCCGUGCAACACCUGCACCGCAACACCGGAUGUACCAUCAAUGUUCUAAGAGCAACGCCGCCACUCGGCAUGAGAGACACACUAUCACCAGAUGGACGGUACUUGUCCUUCUGUCCGUCCGACUGUGCUUCCUUGUACAUGAACGGCGUUCAUCGAUCUGGCGUUUACACGGUUGUCAUGUCGCCCGGCACCGCUCUUCCUGUGUACUGUGACAUGGAAACUGAGGGCGGUGGCUGGACAGUGUUUCAGCGGCGCCGCGACGGCUCUGUGAGUUUUAACCGUGGAUGGUCAGAGUACCGUGACGGAUUUGGUGAACCGCGAGGAGAACACUGGCUGGGAAACCAACACAUCCAUUUCCUGACCAACCAGGGUACCUACAGCCUCCGUAUUGAUCUGCAGGACUGGAGCCACGCCCACAGACACGCCCUGUACCAGUCCUUCAGGAUCGACAGUGAGGAGAAUGGCUAUCGCCUGCAUGUGUCUGGUUUCAGUGGGACGGUGGAGGACUCCUUUGGCUGGUACCACGACCAGCACAGUUUCAGCACCCCGGACACGGGGAACAUCUGUGCUGAGAUCAGUCACGCUGGCUGGUGGUUCCACCAGUGUUUCUACGCCAACCUGAACGGAUUUUACUACAAGGGUGGCCACUACUCCCUGAAAGCCCACAGCUUGUUAGGGCCGGACGGCAUCGUCUGGUUCUCCUGGAAGGACUCGGAUUUCUACUCUCUGAAGGCGGUGACCAUGAUGAUACGGCCACGCAGCUUCAGGCCACGCCUCUCGCCAUAAGGACGCAGAAUCAUCCGUUAUCAACUCAUCAUUGCUUGUUUUGCCAAAAGUCCUGAACACAUGGAAAUGAUCACCCAUGGCAUUUAAGCCUCGAUGUUUUUCUUUUUCCUUUUAUCAAAGGGACAAAUUAUCCGGAGGCUUUGUGUCAUGGAUCCUUCAGACCCGGUGGAUUUUCCUUUAACCCAUCCUGAGUUCCUGACAGGAACUGUCUUCAGUGUUGUGGGUCCAUUCUGCUGCUAAAUACUGCCCCCCACAGGCAUGAUUGUGUUUUUUCCUUUUAAGGGACUUUUUUUACUUAAAGAAAAUGUACAUAAAUCACUUUUUAAGAAAACUAAAGAUGAAUUGAGAUCAAAAGGAGUGCAGAACCCCAGCAAAGUUUCAUUCUAUUAGGAACUAAAAGAUUAUUUAGAUGAAUUUCAGCCUGAGGGUAAUGUUUGGAUUCCUCGUGCAUCAUUUACCUCAUUUACCACAGUACAGAAAGUUCCACGUCUCGUCUCCGUCCUGUUGUACAUUUUUGUUCCUGCAAAAAUACACGACUUUCAAACAC